AUGCAUAAAUAAUUGAAUUCGAUAAGCUUCAUUUCGGCUAAUAGUGGAUUUUCUGAUUUGUAAUCUUGUUCUAUUAUUAAAGCCAAAUCUAUUGAUUAACAUCCAGAAUUGAUUUCAUAACUUUUUGAAACAGAAAAGCUGCAGAAAUCGAAGAAUAUUUUUUAGGAUCCUGUAAAUCUUAAAAUUCUAUAACAUGAUCCAGCAAUAGGACCAAAAUAUGAAAAAAAUAAAAUAGUUUCAAGAUCUAUUGUCGGAAAACCUGAAAUAUUCAGAAAGAAAUAACCUACUCAGAACAUUCAUUCAAAUUAAGAGUUCCAUAUGCCUACGCAACAGAUAAAUAUGCAAGAAUCAAUUAGUCUAGCCAAAAAGGAAUCUCCAUUACAAAGAAGAUUAACACAAUUAAAAGUUGUUUAAAGUCCUGUUAAAAUUUCGAAAUAAACAAAGUAUGAGAAGGUAAUUACAGGUUCUGAGUUAAUCAGUAAAAUUGCUCAUCUGGAAAAAAGAUUAAUUUAAAAUAAACUCGAUGAAUAAUAGCAAUUUGAUAACAUGCCAUUUUUUUAAAAAUAAAAUUUAUAUCGAGACCAAAGAGCCUUAGAAGAUUUUGAUAAAUAAGAAAAAAUUCAUUCUGAACUGCUUCAUUCCUUAUCAGCUCGCAUAUCAAGAAACCCAAGUUGUUCUUUAAUGAUGGAUUUAUACAAUUUUAGAAGAAAACAAGAAUAUUCAAAUACAAAUGAUAAAAUGAGGCAGUUAUCAGAAAAUAAAAAUCAGGAAAUUAUAGAAAUCCAAGAAUAAAACUAGAUACCCUUUUAUAUCUGUUCUGAUAGGCAAUAAAUUAUUAGAAAACCACACAUUUUUGAAAAAGAUGCAACUAUUUCCAACAUUUUAAAGCACAUGAAUGAGGAGAAAACCUAUUAAAGUUUUACAACUAACAAAGUUUUAAAAGAAAAAGAAUUAAAAUAUAAAUUAUUAGUAAAAGAUAAAAUUAAUAUAAAUAUUGAUGAAUUGAUGAUAAUUGGAUAAUCUAAAUAUGAGUAGGAAAUCUCCAUAAACCUAAACCAUAAAUAUGUAAUCAAAGAUAUAGAAAAAUAUCAAGGAAAUGAGGAGGAAAUAUUAUGA